AUACUGGGGUCUUAGUGCGCAUGCGUUCGCCCGACAGCUACUACUCACCCUGCACAUGCCGAGAAAUCCCAUAACGUGAGGGGCACAGCACACCGGAGGGACCAGCUAGUUGUUUCCCAGCUGUCCGUUCACUGUUUACAUAUGCUUUUAUUUAUGUUCAUGCAUCACCUCGCGUUUGGCAGCGCCUCUUAGUUUCGCUGCACAGCCUCUUUAAUUCACCAAGUAGUGGGACUUAAAGCGAGCGAUGUCGGAGGACGACUGGGUGGAAGCAACAACAACAACAACAGGGCGCGCUGCUGUCCCGUUAGCAUCGCAGCGUCCUCCAGUGCAUGUUGCCUAACUCUGCCGGGCGACUAAACCCGUCCACGCCUACUGUCCAGUCCAGCCCAGUGUCGUUCCGAGGCCCGGCGUGAUGGCCGAGGAGGACCCUCAGCAGCAACCGGACCGCGGGUCGAGGAGCCUGCCCGGCCUGCUACCCGGGCUGCAGGGCGCUGAGGCCAGUGCUCUGCAGCUCAGGAUCAAGAACUCCAUCUGCAAAUCGGUUCAAUCAAAAGUGGAAAACAUUCUGCAAGACAUUGAGAAGUUCUCAGACAUUGAAAAACUCUACCUCUACCUUAAGUUGCCUUCUGGUCCCAGUAGUAACACUGAUAAAAGUGACCAGAGUGCCCUGUCAUCAAGCCGCACACAGCAGAUGCACGCGUUCAGCUGGAUCCGCAAUCAUUUAGAGGAAUACCCAGAGACCUCUCUUCCAAAACAGGAGGUCUAUGAUGAAUACAAGAGCUUCUGUGACAAUCUUAACUACCACCCGCUGAGUGCUGCAGACUUUGGAAAAAUGAUGAAAAACGUCUUCCCGAACAUGAAGGCGCGUCGACUUGGCAUGAGAGGAAAAUCUAAAUAUUGCUAUAGUGGACUAAGGAAGAGGCCUUUUGUUCACAUGCCAUCUUUACCCAGUCUGGAUCUCCAUAAAACAGGGGAUGGACUUCAGUGUGAUGUUUUCGAGUCAGCCGGCCAGCUCAGCAGCAUAAAGGAGGACGUGCGAUUUGCAGCCUGUGAUCUGGUGUGUGAGUGGGCUCAAAAGGUGCUGAAACGCCAGUUUGAUGCUGUGGAAGACUUGGCUCGCUUUCUAAUCGACAGCCAUUACAUCAGCAACAAGUCUUUGGCAGCUCUCACUAUUACAACCGGCACAGCAACAGAGGUUAAUACUCCACAGUCGGUGUCAGCCUUCGUCCCCACUGCUGAGGCUCACUCCUUCCAGCCCCAUGUGACCACUCUGUCCUCACCUUCUGUGGAUGCGAAGCAGCAGCUCCAGAGGAAGAUCCAGAGGAAACAACAAGAGCAGAAGCUGCACUCUCCUUUGCCCGGAGAGCGACAAACCAAGGGGGCAGAUGACAGUGUGCCUUGUGCGAGCCCCACCCCUCUGUCACCUCAGCCAACCAUAGGCAUUGUGGUCGCUGCAGUCCCCAGCCCCAUCACGGUACAGAGAAGCAGACAGCUGAUGUCCCCCAGUCCAGUGGGAACAGUAGAAAACAAAAUGCUGCCUAUAAACUUUCAAAUGGUGACGCAGCCAGUUCAGGCAGUGACACAGGGCCGCAAAACUCCACAAAAUAUUAUAUCCAGUCCCGUGGUAGAACGCACUGCUCGACAGCGCUACGCACAAAUCUUGCCCAAGCCUUCGGCCUCCACUGCUAUUACUUUGCGCUCACCCUCCACCAUGAUCAUCGGCAAGAGCCCCAUUAAGACUGUGAUGACUACGUGUCACGUCAGCCCAGUCAGUUUGGUCAAGAUGACAGCCAUAUCGCUUGCAACCAACAGCAGCAAUACCACCUUCUCCCUCGCAAACACCACUCUGCGGCCGGCAUCUGCAGGCAUUAGCGGUUCAGCAGUUUCAGAAGACAUCAGUUACAAUCAAAGCAUGAGGAGCACUUCUGCAGUCCCCCUUCUGGCCUCGGCCAACACAAAUAACAUCGAUGUUGAAAUGGAAGUCGAAGCUAUACAUAGAAACAGUCAAAUGCAAAAUCCUACCAGUUUAAUGCUCACUCAAGGAGCAAUGGGAAAUAGGGCUGGAGGGGCUGUCCAGAGGGCUGCCAGUGUGCCCAUACCUCAGACCAGAGGCUUCCUGGGGCCGGAGGAAACAUCCAGCACUAGUUGCAACGGAAAUUCCUCCUCAAGCACUGGCACUGUGGCAGCAGCAGAAAGCAGCAAUAAUAGUUCUAAUAAUACAAGCACUUUGCACUUAACUCCCUCGACUCAGAAUACCAGGGCUGUUUCUUUAAUGAACACCAGCAGAACACCUUCAUUUGGGGAAAGCAGUAUUGUAACAUCUGUAAAGGAAGGUUUCUUAUCAACUAAGAGCGUCAGGAAACGCUUGGGCCUCAGUCCGGACCUUUCACCAGUCAAAAGGGUUUUUAUGCCCCAGCAGGCAGUAGAGGGCACUGCUGGUCUUGGAUAUGGUAUUAGAAAUGCAGUUGGUAACCUCCCAAAGCCAGGAGCUCCAACUAGACCUGAAAGUGCACCAGCAUCGAGAGAGGUAGAAACGAAAAUGAACUCUAUCUCGUCCACUAACAUCCACACAUUCUGCACUUCCUCUUUCAGAGCCAGUGGCUUCUACUCUGUUGCCAAAACACAGAGUUCAUUGCAGAGGAAAAACACUUCCACUGUUAUGGAAACUGGCACCUCAGUCAGUCACGCAUUAACACAGCAACAGCAGGGGCACACAAUGGCCAACGUUAAUGCCACACCUAAUAACCCCAGCCUCCAAAAACAUUCAGGUGUGAACGAUGUUAGGAGUUCAAACACCACAGACAGCCUGGAAGGAGCUCAUCAACAGAUCGGCACUGAGUCCAACCCUGCCUCUGAAUCAUUAGACUUUUUCAGUCCAACUUCAUCGUUGGGCCAGCUCCCUAUGCAGACAGAUGGAGACUACUUUCCGUUUGAUGAUGACGUGACGCAGGACAGCAUUGUGGAGGAGUUAGUGCAGAUGGAAGAGCAGAUAAAACUUAACAACCUGCAGGAGUUUGGAAGCUGUGUCACACUGCAGGGCCAGCAGGCUAUGAUGCCGGAUAACAUAAUGUCCACCAAUCAGACCAUGACAACUUUCUAUCAUGCUGCAAACAACCACAGCAGCCAGAUCCAAACUCCAACACCCACUCCCACACCCACAUUGGAAAUGAUGGGAGGAGCCCAAGGUCUUACCAGAGAGAGCCCCUGUUCCCGCAUCACCUCCACAACUCCAGUGGACAGCGCAUUGGGAAGCAGUCGUCACACCCCAGUUGGUACUCCGCACUCAAGUUGCAGCAGCAAUGUGCCUCCAAGUCCAGUGGAGUGUAGGAACCCGUUUGCAUUUACACCCAUCAGCUCCAGCAUCACUGGUCUCCAUGAUGGCAGCACCGUCUCCAGCAGCCCUGUCAAGCCCAUGCAGAGGCCAAUGGCCACCCACCCAGACAAGACCAGGCUGGAGUGGAUGAAUAACAGUUACAACAGCAGCAGCGGGAGUUUAAACAAGUCAAACAGUGGAAUGGGAAUCCUCCCCAGUUAUGACAGCCUGAUAGGUGACCAUUUUCAAAAGCCUCACGCCUUUGCUGUCCCUCACGCGCGGCAUCACGACAGCCAUUUUGGCCGUUUGACUCCCAUUUCGCCUGUGCAGCAGCAGGUAGCUAGCAUGGGAAACAUAACCAAGCAGCAGGGUUUUGCUGUACCUGCCCCUCUGGAUAACAAAGCCACUAACACACCGCCUACAGCUUCUCGAUGUCGCAGUGUAAGCCCUGCUGUACAUCAAAGGAAUUUGAGUGGAAAUGCAGGAAGCCUUCCCUAUAUCCCUCGUUCAGCUGUGUCACCCUUUAACUCGCCUGUGACACCUGAGAUGUUGAACAUCUUUGCAAACAGUCAGGCAAAUCUUGGGGUGAACAGCAUGGCUCAGAGGAGCCAUUCUGUGCCACUCAACAUCAUGAUGCAAACUGAGGUCCUGCCCGCACCGGGCCAACAAUGUGAAAACAUCACCAAUGUCCUUCUGAGCAAGCUUGAUGGAGACCACAAUGACACUGUGCGGGGUCUGGGCAUCAAUAAUUUACCCUCCAGCUAUACUGCACGCAUGAACCUCACCCAGAUCCUUGAGUCUGACCCUAACCUCUCCUGCGGUGACAACCACCUCAGCCCGAUGACUUCUGACUCCACCAGCGCAUGCAAGUUGCAGAGGUCAAAUUAUCUCAUGGAAAAUUCUGUCAAUGAACAAAUGAUUCUCUCUGCAGGUGACAGCCGAGCAGAGUCGGGCUCGAGAGAGCAGCAUGGACAGCAGGUCCAGCCUAUGUUGUCAACUCUGAGCUCACAGCAGCAUCAAGAAGAACUACAGCAGCAUCAGCAGUUGGAUUUCAGCAGCACUGCAAAAGACCUCCUGAUGGACAACAGCCUGACUGCUGGCACCCAGCUCAUGGAACAGGUCUCAGAGUUAACUACAGGCGUGGCACAUGUCCCUUGUGAAAUCAGAAUGAAAUCAGAGCUCUCCGGUAGCAUCAAUGACCUUAACGCAUUGGAUGCAAACCUGCUGUUUGACCCUAACCAGCAAGGGCAGUAUCAAAAUGCUGCUCCGGAGGAGUUGAUGAAUGAUCCGCUGUUUCAGCAAAUUACCAGCGAGGUGGUACACUCGAGCGGACUUGACUGGCUAGAAAGCAAAGACCAUCCCACUGUUGGGUUGAUGGGUUGAGACUGAGAGCUUUUUUUUAGUCAUGUUGAAUAUGUUAAUCUGUGGUUGCUGUUUUGUUCUGUUUAUUUUAUUUUAUUUACACUUUAUAAUGCAACACUGGACACAUUGAGGUUUGUCCAGUUUAAGUGCCAGGCUGAACUGCAGUGAUGCUGCAACGCUCUGAUUAAAAUGCUGGUCAUUUUCCUUUAAUCAGAGAACCCCACCUCACACUGUUUGAUCAACAAGUACACCAAGGUUACUGAGCAAAAAAGACACUAAAUAUACACCAUUUGUUUGUUUGGUUUGGUUUUUUUUUUAAAUGUUGUGUUUGACAUUUCACUGGACAUAGAAUUUCUGUCUAAUUCAACUGCAAGUGCAAGCAUUAUGCAACUAGAGUAUAAGGUGCAAAAUGCUAAACUGUAUUCACUGCUGAACUAUGCCAGAGAUAAAACAUUUGUGCGCAAUGUAUAUUCACUGAAAAAACUGGAAGAAUCACGAGUUAUGAUUACAGGAGCUUUAGCUGUGAAGCUGCUGCUUGAAAGCACGGUUUUACACAUGACAAAAACAUUGCAUAAAAUUUAUCCAUGUGAAUCAGUUUAAUAUAUUUUAGAAAAUGUUGUCAGCGAUGGCUACCAGAACAAUAAAAGAAAGACAUAACUGUCUAAAUGUCUGCUAUUUAUAGUUAUACAGCUUAUCUGGUUAUAACAUCAACAUUUUCAAGCUUUGAAUUAUUAGUCAUUCAUCUGAUGCAUUCCUGACAAUCAUCACAAACUUUGGACCGCUCAUAAUCAGCCAGUAAAUUCAAAGAGCCAUGUCAGCCUCUCAUCUCUUAGAAAAGUCAAAUGUCUGUGCACUAUAGGCAGGUCUCAGACAACUUGAACAUAUUAAUAUCAGUAAUAUGAUUAGAGUUCUUUUGCACAUUGUUUUGUUUGUAAAGCCAUAUUUUGCAAAGGUUUGAAAAAAGUAAUUGCUGCAUAUACAAUCAUAACUAAAAAGCUGUAGACACUAAUCCCUUUAGUUUACAUGCACAAUGUGUCUUUGUUAACUGUGUAAUCCAUGGAUACAGUAUAUCAAGAGAAAUUAGCAAUACACUAUGUGGAAAAAAUAACGGGUGGUUCUGAGUUGUUCAGUGUGGACAAAUUGAGUCAAGCAGGAUGACCUCUGUCCUGCAGUGACACCCAUAAAAGUAGCUGUGUGGAGUAAUGCGAGGUACCUUUCAUGUUGUAGGGCUACAUACAGUGUGAAAGGUGCCCAUCAAAAGGUGAGGGCUCAGCCAUUUCACUACUGGCAGGAAAUAAAUAAUUCAAGUAAGAAUUAAACUCACCCCCUUGAGUGGAGGGUUUCUGCACUUUUAAAGUAUGAAUUUUCCAUAAAAGAAGUAUUAUGGGAUGGUAGAAAUAACAAUCCAAAGCACUUAGAAAACACAUUAUUUAUAUUGUGUGCAAUUUACACUUUUGAGUUGCAGAUGAGAGUUUUCAUCUGAAAAUGACAAAAUGGACUUUAUUUGGUUUGGUUUCUAAUGUAGCACUCAUCAUACUGCACUGACAAUCUGUGACUCUUCUUUACAUAAGUACACUGUGUUUGGUUUGGAUGACGGAGGAAUAUUUUCCACUGCAUGCCAUGCGGUACAACAUCUAAUCAACUGAUCAACUGUGAUAGUCUUGCUUUACACUGACGGUGAGCUGUGUGUAAGAAGAGAUGAGAUUCAGGUGUUCCUGAGGGCUUUGGUUUCUGAGCCUUAUGUCCAUACCAAAGACUUUAAGUAUAACCUGUAAUCACAUGCACUAUGAUCUUGGGUGUCUAAUAUUGAUCUAUUACACGGUGGACGUAGCCAUAACAAAUAUAUUCUGUAAGAUGAAGGAUAAAAUUGGAAAGAAGUGAAAAUUUGGUGACUUUUGCAGCACUGGAAAUCGUUUCUUUAUAAGAUCACAUGCAUUAUCAAGGAUUACUUUGUUUGCUAUUGCUGAUGCUUUUGUAAAUCCAAAUGCUGUAAUGUAUUCAUGAACUGUUUCUCUGUGUUAGCAUUAGAUCCCUGUGUGUGUUUGCAUUGGUGGUCCUACUAUAUUUGUUGUACAGAUUGGCAGUCUGGCCUGUUGUCCAGUGUGUUUUUGUUUUACUGUUUAUGUAGAGUGUGCUGAUUGUACAGAAGAUGUAACCCUGCAAACCAUAUGAUCUUGUGAAUUCACUAUAAUCCGACUUGCACUGUUUAUGAAGUUUUGGAACAUACUUUUAAAGUGUCAAAGUAUGAUAUUACCAUGUAUCAUAUACUGUUCUUUUUUCAGUAUGAUUUGCCCACUACAUUGUGGUGAUUGAUGAGAACCUGUAACAAACGAUUCAGCUCAUUAUCUAAAACCUUUAAGUGCUGGAUUUUGGAAGAAAAUAUCCCAGAAAAUAUUCAAAAGUUUUAAAAUGUGGACAUGUGGACUACCUAUAAUUAUAUGGUGUAAUACUAAUAUGUCAUGAUACAAAUCUGUCAAAGCAGAUUACAUCACUGUAAUAUACAAUCACAUUUAGAGUUUAAUAAAAAUGAACCAGUUAGAACAUUAAUUUAACUUUUCUUAUACGUAUGUUGAAUCUGCUUUCUCAGUUUAGAUGUUUCUCUUUACUGUCUGUGAAAACAUUUGCAUUUAUUUGGUUGGCACUGACAUUUGUGUUUAAUGAAGACUUUACCCUUCCUCUUGUUGAAAGUGGUUCAGAGCUGUAGAACUGCCCUCCACUGUUAUGUUGCUGUGCUUAGUGUACAGGGAUUUUUUUUCUUCCACUUUAGCCAGUGCUUUUAUAAGAGGAAGUGCUUAUUGAUACUGGUUUUUAAAGACUUUUUAAAACUAAUAAACAUUUUUAAGUACA